GGAGCAGGGCGGGGCGUGAGCCCGCCCGUCCGGGAGCCGCGGGGGGUCGCGUCCGCCGCCGGGGAGCCGCCGCAGCGCCCGCCGCGGGCUCCGCCGUGGGCUCCGCCGUGUCGCGGGGGCUCGGCGGCCGCGCCCGGGGAGUCGAGCCCACGCCAGGCCAGGCAUGGGCCUGAUCUUCGCGAAGCUGUGGAGUCUCUUCUGCAACCAAGAGCACAAGGUAAUCAUAGUGGGACUUGAUAAUGCUGGAAAGACCACCAUUCUUUACCAGUUCUUAAUGAAUGAAGUGGUUCAUACUUCUCCAACCAUAGGAAGCAAUGUAGAAGAAAUAGUAGUGAAAAAUACUCAUUUCCUCAUGUGGGACAUUGGAGGACAAGAGUCAUUGCGGUCCUCAUGGAAUACCUAUUAUUCAAACACAGAGUUCAUCAUUCUUGUUGUUGACAGCAUUGACAGAGAGCGACUUUCUAUUACAAAAGAAGAACUUUACAGAAUGCUGGCUCAUGAGGAUUUACGGAAGGCCGCAGUUCUCAUCUUUGCGAACAAGCAGGACAUGAAAGGUUGCAUGACAGCCGCUGAAAUAUCUACAUACCUCACCCUUAGCUCCAUAAAGGAUCACCCAUGGCACAUUCAGUCCUGUUGCGCGUUGACAGGAGAAGGAUUAUGCCAAGGCUUAGAGUGGAUGACCUCCCGAAUUGGAGUGAGAUAGCUUUUUGGGAAAGGAGAGACUUCUAUUUAUCCUGUGAACAUGUACAUUUUUCUGUACUUCUCGCUGCUGAAGCGGUGACUGUUUAAUUUAUAACAGCCAACCUCCAAGCUGUACUUGAAUCAAGUGCAGCUGAACUGAAACACAAAGUAUUUUCUUAGCUUUUUUAAUACACUAAUCUUCAACUGGAUGAACUUAUGUGAAUUUGUUUUUAAGCAUUGAAAUUCCUCUGAUUAUAUAUUCUGACUUUUUCAAUGAUAGUUUGUUAAGAUCUGUUCUGCCAUUUUCAGUGUUUCAUACCUGCUCAUCCUUGUUUAUAUAACUUACUAACAAAAAUGAGGGCAGAUUGUCUAAUAAUGAAAAAGUAGUGUCUAAUUAUGAAAAAGUAGUGACUAAAUUGACCUUUAGCAUAGCUUUGAUCUCUGAAGGUGACCAUAUCUCCAAUUGGGCUACCUGGAAAGUCAGUAGGCUUCUAGUCAGCACAGAAAUUAAGUUAUGAGUGCAAGUUUUUAAGUCCUGAAUGAGUUAGCUACUUAUAGUUAAUAUUGAGGGGCCUUUUAAAGUGGUGUAUGAUUGGAUUUCUGCCUUAAAAGAGAUUUAUUUCAUUCCCAUUUUGUCUGGUAAGUAGUUCUGGCUUCUAAUUCUCUUUAUCUGAAAACACAUCUUUGUACAGUGGAUAGAAAUCGUAUUAUUAGAUUUUGUGUUACUCAUUUAGACCUUUAAUAACUUUUUUAAAAAAUAAACCUCUUGAUAACAAAACUUGGAAUCAUAGCAGCCAGUGUUAUGUGUGGACGUGCUGUAAUUGUUAAAAUUUUUAAUACUGUACAUACAUGAGCCUUCCUCAACUUUCAGUGAGAGUGUUAUUUUUUAAAUGAAUGCAAAAUCAAAAGGGAAGCCAGAGCUAUAAAUAGAACAGUAUCAUGGCACUGUAUGUAUUUGUAGACUUUAGAAUGAAAUUCCUGACACUUAUUUACAUGUUUUCAAAUGUAAGUAUUUUUUGGAUUCCAUAGUGCACAAAAUAUUUUGCCUUAGUUUUUUUUUAAUCUUAUUUGCAGGAACAGAGAAAUUUGCUGUUCUAUUUAGAUUCACUCACCUGAAACUGAGUAACUGGGAGCUUAAAAAGUAGAGAGCCUCCAACUAAAAAAGAGGUGGGGAAAGAUUGGACUUAGUAAUUCUUAAUUCAAUUUGAAGGGGAUGGCGUUAGAUCUGUAAAGAGAAUUGGGCGUCUGAAACAACAGAUGAAGUUACUGAGAGGGUUAGGCACUAAAAACUAAAACCAAAGAAAAACAGAAAAAUAAAACUAAAGCAAUACUGGGCACCCAACCGUUAGUGAAAUCCUGUUAGUGAUUGUAUAUCUAACCUACAUAAAUGCCUGGCAGGCUUUCCGAAAGCACCAUUCUGCACUGUAGUGUGUCUAAACAGCACUCAGAAUCUGAUCACUAAAAACAUUUUGCUAAUUCACUGUCUAGAGAUAAUUCUUCUUUAUCCAAGUCCACUUAAAUGACAAAAUAUUUUUGAUAAAUCUUGUUUUGAUAAAUGAGGCACAUUUGAGUUUUAUUUAUUAAAAUUUUGUUUUGCAUAUUUUCAAUUGAAUUCCAUUUUUACUGGAACAAAGCUUAGCGAAAUUUAAAAAUCAGUAUAUAUUUUGUCAUAAAUCUCCUUUUUAAAAAAAGACUUUGAAUACAUACGAAAUCUGUUUGAAUAAAUAUAUAAAUGCUGGUUAGAAAAAGUUAAAUUCAGGGGAAAGGUUGAGUGUCAAGUCAGCAUGUCGGAAAAAUAUGUUAAACCAGUGAAAAACAGUACUUUAAAAAUAAAGGAAUGCAAGACAAGUUUAAAAUUCGAUAUUAAAGCUUCUUGCUGGCUCUGAUAUUCCACAGUUGUACUAAUGUGUGAAAAUAAGAUUUGUUUUGUUUUUAGAAAGUAAAUUACAAAUGGAAAAAAAAACCCAAUACCUUGAAUGAGGACUCUUGGUGAUAAUUUUGGUUUGUAAUUUAAAUUUAUAUUCAGCUUGAAUUUUAUGCAGUUUUAUAUAUAUUCAGCACCACACCUCAAAAGUACUAUUUGGAUACAUUGUCCUUGCUCUGCAAAAGCACGUAGGAAAGUAUGAUUUUGUAUUUAACACUUUUCAGGUAAAACCUUUUGUAAACCAAUAGUUCAAUUACUAAAUUCAGUCCCCUGUGAUACAACACAUCUACAUCAAUUAGAAGGAAAUGGUCAUGUUGUGGACCUUAGAAUAUUAGAACAAAGAAACAUUUCUUUUAAUUCUUUAACACUUCUUUAAGACCAUUGAGUACCUUUACAGAAAUAAGCAUUCUUGACAAUAGCUAUGAUUUUGAUCAGCUUGCUACUUCCUUUUCUGCAACAGUAUUCCAUUUGUGAUAUCCCUUUGUUCACUGCACUGCUGCUAGCUUUGUUAUGAGUUUUUUUGUUUUUGAAUAAAGGCUUGGUGUGGGGUGGUUUGGUUUAUUCUUAAUGACCUUCAUAACCUAGUAAACUAAAAAGUUAUUCAAUUAAAAAUAGUUUUAGGAUGGGAUGCUUUAGAAAACAACAUCUGUCUUUGCACUACAACCAACUGCAUGAAUGUUUUUUGUUAAUCUAUAUGUAGUUAAUAUAUUACAGGUAGUUUUGCACUUUGAAAGUAUUUUGCUUUUAAUGUACUGUCUAUGCUUGUAAUCAGCUUCUCAGUGGAAAAUACUAAUAUAAGGACACUUAAAAAAAAAAAAAACUAGAGAAAAAUGCCACAGUUUUUCUCCUAAAUAAUCUGUUUUACUCAAAAUACAGUACACUGUAAUGUAGCACACUAAGAUGCACAUGUUAUAGCCUAUCUUGUAAAAUCAGACCCCUUAUGUUAAAAUAAUAUGACUUAUUAUGAGAGCAGCAGUUUUGCUUUGUUUGACAGCUUCUGCAAGCGUGCUCCUUUGAGCAACUUUGUUCAUAUUUUGACAGGGUUAGAAGGAUCAGCUUUUUGAAAAUAGUCCUUCCAGACUUUUAAGCUCUUUUGCUUAUUGAAUUUGCUUAGUUUAUUUGAAAUAAAUUAAAGUUUUUACAUUGGA